UCCUUGGCCCAAAAUUUUCAGCUCAAUUUUUAAUGCUUUAUAUACCAUUUUGUAGCUCGUGAAAUUCUCUAUCGAACGGUGUAUAAUAGUUGGGGUUUCAUUUGACUAUGAUAGGAAAAGUGUUUUACGAAUGUGGAGAUAAGUCGAUUUUUCUAUAGGAAGCCAUAGGGAAAAAUGAGUAUUUUUGCAAUAACUCAGGAACGGCUCGGCCAAUCCUUCUCAUCUUCGAACUCGACCGAGAUAUUGUUGAGACUAAACUGUGUAGAAAAUUUCAUCGCGAUCUGACUCUCCUUUCGAAAGUUAUCGUGUAUACGGACGGACGGCCGGACACACAGACCGAUUUUAGUAGUGUACUCACUUUUUGAGUACACAAAAAAUGAACUUGAUCAAGGACAUAAACAUGCUAAAUUGUCUAUGGAUUUUAAAAAACGUUUUAAUGAUGGAGGUGAUAAAGAAUUGAACGUUGAACAAUUAGAAAAAUUAGUUUCAUUUGAAGCACUUCGAGCAUUUGAACAUUAUCGAGCUGCAUUGAAAUUUCUUGGAAAAAUGAAUCAAAAUGAAGCUGAUAUAAUACAACGUGCUCGAAAUUCUUGA